AUGUGGAGGAGAAGGUCCCUGGGUGCCUGGGCACUCCUCGCCAGCCUGGCCGUGGCCAGCUGGGGUGUCCGAGGACAGACCGUAAUUGUGAAGGAAGUCAAUGGGAAGGUGUUUCUGAAAUGCAAAACAGACAGCCAAAAUCAGAUCAUAUGGCGGAAAGAUGGGAAUUGGAUAGACAACACCACGGAGUUGGACUUGGGCGCAAUUUAUGAUGAUCCCAGAGGCAUCUACACAUGUGAAACAGAAGGUGUAAAGGCAAGCACCCCCCUUCAGCUGCACUAUCGAAUGUGCCAGAACUGCAUCGAAGUGGACGCCCCCACCAUCUCGGGGAUCGUGAUCGCAGAUGUUGUCGCCACCGUCUUAUUGGCAGUCGCUGUGUAUUGCAUCACUGGCCACGACAAGGGACGCAUGUCACGAGCUUCUGACAGGCAGAACCUGAUUGCCAACGAGCAGGUCUAUCAGCCCCUUGGCGAGCGGGACGAUGGACAGUACAGCCGGCUGACAACUGCCAAGGCCCGCAAGUGA